AUGGCGUCGUUUUCCGCGCUACCUCCCGAGAUCGUCGGCCUUAUCGCAGAGUUUGUCGGCCCUUCAGACAUCGUCAGCUUUGCUGUCUCAAGCAGAAAUACGCUCAGGAGCUCUGAAAGAGCAUUGCAGAAGCAUAGAGAGCUCCAGGGUCUCUACUACAGCAUUGAGAUUUGUCGGGCUUUUGCGAGCGAGGUGACUUUGCUUUUACCUUGCUUACGAGAGAUGAUUUUACUUCCCAGAGCAAAGCUUUAUAUCAGGCACCUUCGUCUAGAGGUGGGCAACACAGAUGGGGAACAUAACAUGGGAUUGAAAGCCCUUGUACCACAUGCAGAUUCCCUCAUGUUCCGACAACCUCUUGCCGACUUACGUAUUCGUAACGAGAUUGCUGAGACAUUGAGCCUGAAGCUCGAGAGCGGAGCCGAGAUUGUCAAUCGAGCAGCUGACAGUAUCUGUCAUGGUGAUGAUCGAUUCGCGACAGCACUUCUUCUCUGCAACGUCCCGAAUCUUACUUAUCUAGAUUUAAGAGUUGAUGACGAUUGGGGCUCCGCUCUCGAUUUCCUGGUUCCAAUUUUACGUCGCAUAGCCAGUAACAAUUCAUCAGCGCUUGCAAAUCUUCAAAUCGUUAAGUUGAGGCCUUUGCGCCACAACGAGAUUCAGCAUAUGAUCGUUGAGGCCUUUAUGUCCUUCCCAUCUGUUCAUACCAUUCAUGCCCGGAGAGUUAUUGGUCCAGCAGGAGAAGAUGAGAUUCCGCCAGCUUGGUCAUUACCAUCAAUGGCAAAUGGAAGCAGUUUGUCAACGCUCUUCUUUGAUGAUCAAGGAGAGAUCGUCGAAGAUGAUGUCAAUCCAAUCGCAUGGCUUCACGAUAUCCUCAGGUCGGCGCCACGUCUCAAAAACUUCAGAUGGUGGUGCCACGGAAUGAACCGUGAUCCGCGCUACAGCUCGACAGAGAUAAUCGCCAUCCUUCUACAGCAUGUCGCGCAAUCCCUAGAAGAGCUUUUCUUGAAAGGAAAUGAACAACCACCAGAAAAUAUGCAGAAUUUAAGGGGCCUAUCCACGGUCCAAACACUCGAGAUUUGCUACGCAAAUUUCGUUCCUGGUGUAGGGUUACCAGCCAUGGACUUAUUCCAAAGGCUUCCGCCUGAUCUGCGACAUCUCAAGUUAUGGGACACAAUGGAUUUUGAGCUUGUCCGUGAUCUACCCAAUUUUCCGGAUAUGAUAAGGCAUGACCUCGAGAAAUCGACAUUGAGAAUAUUAGAUCUUUACGCUCAAGAUAGCGGAGAACACAGUAGGAACUCGUCUCUUGUUCGCGCAAUAACCGAGGCUAGCUUCUCGUACGGUAUCAAGACUUCUGUCAACUUCGUGUACAUGGCAGCGAUGCCAUUUGCCUCUGUAUGA